UCUUGCAUAACUGAUGGAGCAGAGUUAACAAGUAAACUAAAAACACUGACCAAUGGGAUGGCUUUGAGUCUGGGUUUAACCGUGUGCCAUGCUCGAACUUCUAAAAGUCUAAGAGUGCAGCUUUGACCAUGUCGCAAGUUAGGUUUGGGGUUACUCUGCUGCUGGUGCUUCUGGCCAUCAGAUGUGUUGCAGAGGAACCGACGCAAACUAAAGGCUGUGUUUGUGGAUUCCCGGGCAUACCAGGGGAUCCCGGCCACAAUGGGGMGCCUGGCAGGGACGGCCGGGAUGGACUCAGAGGGGACAAAGGGGACCACGGUGAGAUUGGACCAGUUGGACAAGCAGGUAACAAUGGCCACAAAGGAGACAAAGGAGACAUUGGUGCAACUGGCCCAGCAGGGCUCAAAGGAAAAAGAGGUGAUAAUGGGGAGCGGGGGCCUCCUGGCAAAAUUGGGCCCCAAGGAGUGCAAGGGCCCAUCGGACCAAAAGGAAAUAAGGGAGAACUUGGGCUUCCAGGCCCAGUAGGGCCUAAAGGAGACAUGGGACCUAUCGGACCAGAUGGUCCAAAAGGAGAAAUUGGUCUUCAAGGUGACAGAGGCUUUCUGGGACCUCUGGGACCCCCUGGCAAGCCAGGCCCAAAGGGAGACAUUGGUGUCCCAGGUCACAAAGGAAGCAUCGGUUACCGAGGAGAGCGUGGCACUCGAGGAGAGAAGGGAGAGCAGGGCGAAAAGGGACAGAUGCCCAUAAUCCCUAAAAGCGCCUUCUCUGUGGGACUCUCAGCUCAAACCAAACUCCCAGCAGCCAACAUGCCGAUUCGCUUUGACAAGAUUAUUUACAACGUGCAAAAUCACUACGACCCGCAAACAGGAAGGUUCACCUGCACCUCGGCCGGCGCCUACUACUUCACCUACCACAUCACAGUCUUUUCUCGGAACGUGAAAGUGGCCCUCGUGAAGAACGGGGCCAGAAUCAUCCACACCAUGGAUAACUACCAGAACAGCGAGGAUCAGGCAGCAGGGGGCGCUGUGCUGCACCUGGAGGUGGGCGACAGGGUGUGGCUGCAGGUGGUCGGAGGAGAACUGUACAACGGGCUCUUUGCUGAUGAAGAUGAUGACACAACCUUCUCUGGGUUUAUCAUUUUUGGAGUUUAAUAAAGAUUUUGAAUGUGAAAAUUAUUAACUUUUUUAAAAAAAAAGGCAUUUCAAAAAUAAAUCACAAAUUAUAUUUCUUCUUUA